AUGUGCGAGAACCAGAAAUUUGCUCAUGCCAGUAGAGAACUUAAACACCAGUUAGAAAAUUGGUUAUCUGCUGCUGGUGAUGUCAGUCAUGGUCCUGCUCGAGCCAUCAUUGCACCGUAUGUAUUAUACAAUUAUUGUCACUUGUGUGCAGGAUUUGCAUAUAAGCAAAUUGAUCCAACAAUUGUAAAACGUGUUUUCAUAUUGGGACCAUCUCAUCAUGUACGUCUUGGUGGAUGUGCAUUGUCUCCAGCAAAAAUCUAUCGAACUCCUUUCUAUGAUCUGACUAUAGAUCAAGAAAUAUAUGAAGAAUUAUACUCCUCUGGCUUGUUUGAAGAGAUGACAAUUCAUACAGAUGAAGAUGAGCACAGUAUAGAGAUGCAUCUUCCAUAUAUUGCUAAAAUUAUGGAAAACCACCAAUUUACAAUCAUUCCAGUAAUGGUAGGUUCAUUGACAACUGAUAAAGAAGCUAUUUAUGGCAAAAUCUUCAGUAAAUAUCUAGCUGAACCCUGCAAUUUAUUUGUAAUAUCUUCAGAUUUCUGUCAUUGGGAACAUUUUUCACUGCCUGUGCAGUUCAAACAUGGAAGCAUUGUUAAAACUCCAAGGGGAAUUUUUGUCAAAUUUAUACAUGAGCUGGGAAGUCUGACUGCAAUGCACACUGCUGCAAAAACCACUGGCAGAAUCCCAUGUGCAGAGGAUAAUCUUCUGUUUCAAAGUUUGAGUUCUCUGGAAAUGGAAUGGGGUAUGAAUAUAAUAGAAGAAUUGUCUCCUACUGGUUUUGUAUCAUAUCUUAAAAAAUAUGGCAAUACUAUAUGUGGUCGCCAUCCAAUUGGAGUUUUGUUAAAUGCUGUUUAUACAAUACAAAAAACGGGAAAUGGACACAAGAUGUCAUUAAAGUUCCUGAAUUAUGCUCAGUCCAGCCAGUGCCUAUCUAUGAGUGACUCAUCUGUAAGCUAUGCUGCUGCAUCUCUGAGGCUUGACUGAUGAUAUUGAAGUAUAACAUCUGUUUGUAAUCAAUACCGACUGUGCAUUUUAGAGGUUGAAUUCUACUGUCUUAAUAUGAAAUGAGAUGGAACAUUUUCAAAAUAUUCAAUUAAUACUUGUGAAGUUUUAAUGGUAAUUAAUUAUUAACCAUUAAAACUGGUUUAAAAUGAUGGCAGAAAUAAAUUUGUAUACACUGGAUAAUGCUGUUUUAAUCCAGAAAUGUCAUGUUAUAUAUGAAUGCCUGUUCUGAGCAAUAUGCACUUUUGAAAAUAGAAUAAGGAGGUGUCUUGCCUUCUCAUCUCCAGCCAUCCAGUAUUUCUAAUGUAUUAUUUUUGCUGCCUUAUAGCAGUAGAAGAAAACUUUUCUUUUUUAUUAGGGGGAAAAUAGAAAAGACUGCAUAAAUGGAAAAAAAUUGCAAACUUUUUCAUAUAGGAAUCUGUGGCCUUUAUUAAAAUUCUCCUUUGAUAUAUUUCAAUUAGAUAUGUAACCCUUUGAUGCAGUUGAAAAUAGUUAAAUUUAUGCAUUUUGAAUUUAAAAUCCAAAGUUAUGCUUCCCUAACAGCAGAAGAAAAUAAAACAAAUUUAAUUUGU